CGCCAAACCUUCUCACACUGGUGCCGGAGUGAGGAGAGCGCAGCAACAGCAUCAUGGCCGAUUCUUCCGAGUCAUUCAAUAUUGCAACAAGUCCAAGGACAGGGUCUCGGCGUGAUGCCUUGACCUCCAGCCCUGGCCGUGACCUUCCACCUUUUGAGGAUGAAUCGGAGGGUAUGUUUGGGGAUGAGGUGCCUCGAGAGGAGGAAGAAGAUGGAGAGGAACUUAUAGGAGAUGCCAUGGAAAGGGAUUACCGGGCAAUCUCUGAGCUGGAUAGGUAUGAGGCAGAAGGAUUGGAUGAUGAAGAUGAUGUUGAAGAUCUGACUGCCAGCCAGCGAGAUGCAGCAGAGCAGGCAAUGAGAAUGCGAGACAGGGAGAUGGGACAUGAGCUUGGUCGUAUGAGAAGAGGCCUUCUCUAUGACAGUGAUGAAGAGGAUGAAGAUAGGCCAGCUCGGAAGCGCAGGAUGGCUGAGCGGGCGGCUGAAGGGGCUCCCGAGGAAGAUGAAGAGAUGAUUGAGAGCAUUGAAAACCUGGAAGAUAUGAAGGGUCACACAGUAAGAGAAUGGGUGUCAAUGGCAGCCACUCGACUGGAGAUAUAUCAUCGCUUCAAGAAUUUCCUGAGAACUCAUGUUGAUGAGCAUGGGCAUAAUGUCUUCAAGGAGAAAAUCAGUGACAUGUGCAAAGAGAACAAGGAAAGUCUGGUGGUAAAUUAUGAAGAUCUUGCUGCUCGUGAACAUGUCUUAGCAUAUUUCUUGCCAGAAGCCCCUGCUGAAAUGCUUAAGAUAUUUGAUGAAGCUGCCAAGGAGGUAGUAUUGGUCAUGUACCCAAAGUAUGACCGAAUUGCUCGGGAGAUUCAUGUCCGCAUUUCUCAUCUUCCUUUGGUAGAAGAGUUACGGUCUUUAAGGCAGCUGCACUUGAACCAGCUAAUACGGACAAGUGGUGUGGUGACCUGUUGCACAGGAGUCCUGCCACAGCUCAGUAUGGUGAAAUACAAUUGUAACAAGUGUAAUUUCAUCCUUGGGCCUUUCUUCCAGUCACAGAAUCAAGAAGUAAAGCCAGGCUCUUGUCCUGAGUGUCAGUCACUUGGACCCUUUGAAAUCAACAUGGAAGAGACUGUUUACCAGAAUUAUCAGCGCAUUACAAUUCAGGAGAGUCCAGGAAAAGUGGCAGCUGGUAGGUUGCCACGUUCAAAGGAUGCAAUCCUGCUUGCUGAUCUUGUUGACAGCUGCAAACCAGGGGAUGAAAUUGAACUAACUGGAACCUAUCACAAUAAUUAUGAUGGAUCUCUGAACACAGCUAAUGGAUUCCCAGUGUUUGCGACUGUUAUCCUUGCCAAUCACAUCACUAAGAAAGAUGACAAAGUAGCAGUGGGGGAGCUGACAGAUGAGGAUGUCAAGGCAAUUGUAGCACUUUCCAAAGAUGAACGGAUUGGAGAAAGAAUAUUUGCAAGCAUUGCUCCAUCUAUCUAUGGGCAUGAAGAUAUUAAGAGAGGACUGGCACUUGCUUUAUUUGGUGGAGAGGCAAAAAAUCCUGGAGGGAAACACAAAGUCCGUGGUGAUAUUAAUGUCCUUUUGUGUGGUGAUCCAGGAACUGCAAAAUCUCAGUUUCUGAAAUAUGUGGAAAAAGUAGCCAGUCGAGCAGUUUUCACCACAGGGCAGGGUGCCUCUGCUGUGGGUCUGACAGCCUACGUGCAGCGCCAUCCAGUUACUAAGGAAUGGACAUUGGAGGCUGGAGCUCUUGUCUUGGCAGACAGGGGUGUGUGCUUAAUUGAUGAGUUUGACAAGAUGAAUGACCAGGACAGAACCAGUAUUCAUGAAGCUAUGGAACAGCAAAGUAUUUCUAUUUCCAAGGCUGGCAUUGUAACCUCUUUGCAGGCUCGGUGUACUAUUAUAGCUGCAUCUAACCCUAUUGGUGGCCGUUAUGAUCCUUCAUUGACUUUUUCGGAGAAUGUUGAUCUGACCGAGCCCAUUGUGUCUCGGUUUGACAUACUGUGUGUAGUUCGGGACACUGUAGACCCUGUUCAGGACGAGAUGUUGGCAAGGUUUGUUGUUGGCAGUCACAUUAAGCAUCACCCUAGUAGCAAGGACAUUGCUAAUGGAGAGGAAUUUGCGCUGCCUAAUACAUUUGGAGUAGAACCUUUGCCACAAGAGGUGCUGAAGAAAUAUAUUAUGUACUCUAAGGAGAAGAUUCAUCCUAAGCUAAAUCAGAUGGACCAAGACAAAGUGGCCAAAAUGUACAGUGACCUUAGGAAGGAGUCUAUGGCUACCGGCAGCAUCCCAAUUACUGUGCGACAUAUUGAGUCUAUGAUUCGCAUGGCUGAGGCUCAUGCCCGAAUGCAUCUGCGAGACUAUGUGGUGGAGGAUGAUGUAAACAUGGCCAUCAGGGUUAUGUUAGAGAGUUUUAUUGACACACAGAAGUUCAGUGUUAUGAGGAGCAUGAGAAAGACUUUUGCUCGUUACCUGGCAUUCAGAAGAGACAAUAAUGAACUUCUGCUCUUUGUACUAAAACAACUGGUAGCUGAACAAACGAGUUAUCAAAGGAAUCGGUAUGGGGCACAGCAGGAUACUAUAGAAGUGCCAGAAAAAGAUCUUGUAGAUAAGGCUCGCCAGAUAAACAUCCACAACCUCUCAGCCUUUUACGACAGUGAUUUGUUCAAGAUGAACAGAUUCACACAUGAUGUGAAGAAGAAAAUGAUUAUUCAGCAAUUCUGAACCCAGAAGAAUGGGUGAAAGGGAUCUACUGCCUUUAGAAAGAGCGUGCCAACCUUCUUGAUGGACUGACUAAAGCCAAGGGAUGUACAUCAAAGCUGGCCAAAGUUCCUCUGCUUUUUUUAUUACUUCUCCGGUAAAUGCCAUAUUUAUGGCAGCAAAAAGUAUCUGAGGAAUUGACUAAUGGAAAUGACUUUUGUUCCUGUGCCUUUAUGUGCUUACAGGCUAGCCUGCAAUUAUUAUAUCCAUGCUGCAGUGGCCAUUUAAUGAGUUUGUGGCUAAAUAGAGUUUCACUGAGACUGUUACUAUUGCACAGUUUGUGAGGUGCAUUAUCUGCGCGUGGAUCGUCACGCCGAGACCUCACUGUUUUGUCAACUCGUCUGUAAACAAGGCAAUUCAUUGUAAUUAUUUGGAAAUAUUUACACCUUUUGCCUUUGGAACUGAAUGCUUAUGGCCCAUGUGACAUUGUGCCUGUUGGUGUUUUUGUAUAUUAGUGCAUGAUUUCAAUGUAAAUUUUUCUACUGAAAUACAAGUGAUUUACUCGCUA